AUGUAUAAACUUAAUGCUAUCACUCGGGUUAUUCCAAGGACUUUCUUGGGUAAUAGUCGGCUUGCCAUGCGCGUUGCUAAAGUUAGUCAACCUCUAACGUAUAAAGGAAUUCGUUUUUAUUCUGAUGCUCAUGAAGACGAAUCUUUUGAAGCGUUCACCGAACGUUAUAUUAAAUUUUUUGAAGGAGUUGACGAUCGUUUUGAAUUAUCAAGGGGUCUAAACAAUUGUUUUGCUUAUGAUUUGGUACCAGCGCCAUCUGUAAUUGAAGCAUCACUUAAAGCUGCUAGACGUGUUAAUGACUUUCCAAUUGCUGUUAGAAUUUUUGAAGGUUUGAGACAAAAAGUUGAAAAUGAUGUUCAAUAUAGUCAAUAUUUGGAAGAAUUGAAACCGAUUAAAGAAGAAUUGGGUAUUUUGACCAAAGAAGAAUUAGGUCUUCAAGAAAAAUAA